UGGAGGAGGAGGGGUGGUGAUUUGAAGGGAAUGGUGCCCAAAGGGGCUUGGCUGGAGGAGGAGGGGUGGUGAUUUGAAGGGAAGGGUGCCCAAAGGGGUUUGGCUGGAGGAGGAGGGGUGGUGAUUUGAAGGGAAGGGUGCCCAAAGGGGUUUGGCUGGAGGAGGAGGGGUGGUGAUUUGAAGGGAAGGGUGACCCAAGGAUCAAAGGGUAUGGGGUGGUUGAAAGAGAACGUUGUUUGGAAGGAGUGAGGUUGGUUAAAGGAGUAGCUGGAGAAGAGUGUUACCUGGAGGGGCAGGCGGUGGAGAUUGACCUCUGCAAAUACUACACAUGGUUUUGGUCACAGCAUCACUUAAAUUGUUGAGGUUAUGAAGGGGAGUGUAUGUAUUGCCAGUGUUGGAAAGUUGUUACAAGAAAAGAUUGAAUAAGUAAUCAGUCCUGAUGAAGUGUCUCAGCUGGAAAUGUUGACUGUACUUCUUCCUACAGAUGCUGCCUGACCAUGCUGUGUUCCACCAGCAUUUUGUGUGUGUUGCUUGUAUUUCCAGCAUCUGCAGAUUUCCUCAUGUUUGUGUGGAUAAGCAAGUGUUGCCUUGGAAUAGAGGAGGUUGAGGAGAGAAUGAAUUGAGCUGUAUAAAACUAUGGGGCUUAGGGAGCAACACACCAAACACUGGAGGAACUCAGCAGGCCAGGCAACAUCCAUGGAAAAGAGUGCACAGUCGACGUUUUGGGCUGAGGCCCUUCAUUGGGACUGGCAGAUUUUCUCAUGUUUGUGAAGGGAUUAGGAAGGACCUGUUUCCUUAAGCAGUGAUAUCAUACGUGGAGAUAGAGAUUUAAGUCAUUGGUUGAAGAAUUAGAGGAAAUAAAAUUGCAGAGAGACCAGUUUACAAUCUGCAUAGCCCCAGUGACAGGAGUGGAGUGGUGAAGAGGGCGUUUGCCAUUUACUGAGAUUAUUAAUUUGUGAUGGUGAAGGCACGGUGGGGCAAUCUGGGAGUUCUUUAUAUCUGCAUGAUUAUAGGAGCAGUUUUCUACUUGCGAUUGCAAUAAGCUGUAAUACCAGUGGCACAUGUUGUGAAGUUUGUUAUGCAGCAGCAGUGUAUUGCAAUAGAUAUGUGUGUGUGUGUGUGUGUGAUUAUGAUGAGGGUGGUCAUAGACCCUGAUUUAAAAAAAUUAAAGUAGUGCAAAAAUGGUGAGCAACACACACAAAGUGCUGGAGGAGCUCAGCAGGCCAGGCAGCAUUGAUGGAAAAGAGUACAGUCGCCAUUUUGGGCUGAGACCCUUUAGCAGGACUGUAAAUAGUAAUGGGUUCAUUGUUCAGAAAUCUGAUGGUGUAGGGGAAGAAGCUGUUCCUGAAUCAUUGAGUGUGUGUUUUCCGGCUUCUGUACCUCCUCCUCAGCAGUAACAAUGAGAAGAAUCAGGUUUAUUAUCACUAGCAUGCGACAUGAAAUUUGUCAAUUCAGCAGCAGCAAUUCAAUGCAGUAUGUAAUAUAGCACAGAAAAAAGUAAUAAACAAGUAAAUCAAUUGCAUAUAGUGAAUAGAUUUUUAAAAGUGCAGAAACAGAAAUACUGUAUUUUAUUUUAAUGAGGUAGUGUCCAAAGAGGGCAGACCUGGGUAAUGGGGGCCCUUAAUAAUGGAAGCCACCUUUUUUUGAGACAUUGCCAUUUGAAGAUGUUGUCAAUACUGGGGAAGCUAGUGCUUCUGUUGGGCCUGUAGCUGAGUUGGUAACUUUCUGCAGCUUUUUCUGAUCCAGUGCAGUUUUUCCUCUGUUCCAGAUGGUGAUGCAAAUAGUUAUUCUCAAGUCAAGUCGCUUUUUAUUGUCAUUUCGACCAUAAACUGCUGGCACAGUACACAGUAAAAACAAAACAACAUUUCUCCAGGACCCUGAUGUCACAUGAAACAACACAAAACUACACUAGACUAUGUGAGACAACUCAAGGCUACACUAGACUACAUAAAACAACACAAAAACUACAAGAGACUACAGACCUACACAGGACUACAUAAAUACACAAUACAACAAUUGAUUAAUAAAUAGGUAAUAAAGAAGACAGUGGAGGGCAAAUUAUAGUAUAAUGAUGUAGAUGUCAGUCUCAACUCUGGGUAUUGAGCAGUCUGAUGGCUUGGGGGGAAGAAACUGUUGCACAGGCUGGUUGUGAGAGCCCGAAUGCUUCAGUACCUUUUACCGGAUGGCAGGAGGGAGAGUGGUUCUCCCUGUGGUGCUGAUUUGUGGAUUCUAGCUGGUUUCGUGUGGCCCUAGUGUAAUGUGUGGGAAGGUUUCGCUGGAGCUGGUACUGCCUGGCUGUGUGAUAAUCACAUCUAAAUGGCUGCUGAUCUCAAUGAAUGCUUUGGAACAUAGCUGAGAUCAGUGUGUAUCAUCAGCAGAUAAUCAUUCCUUUGUUUGGUACCAGGAUAAAUUGUUAGUGCUAUCAAGAACUGGGGUCUGGUCAACCACAGCUAUUGGUUUUUAAAUAAGCACAAAAGAUUCUGCAGAUGUUGGAAAUCCAGAGCAACACAUGUGGGGGGAACUCAACAGGUCAGGAGGUUUCUCUGGAGGGGAAUAAACAGUCGCCAUUUUGGGACAAGAACUUUCAUAAAAUCAUUAAUAAAUUCUACUGCAAAUGAGAGAGGGAGAUGCUUGACCUCAGCAAAGGAAUAGACAAAUUAAUUUCUAUGCUGUGUCAACACCAUGAUAUCAUUCCACAUAAUCCGUACCUUGGGAAAUCCGCCACAGAGAGCAACUUUGCUGUCUCCCAUCUUUUGGACCCAGCUGAGUAGAUGAACGGAGAGGAGAAAGGUUUCUCGACUGUAAUCUCCACUUGGUCUGUAUGUGUCCAUUAACUGAUGUCUUGUCUGUCAGCUGCCCCACCUCCAGAGGCUGGAUUGUGAUUUUUCAGUGCAGUUAGUUAACAAUAAAGCUUUACAUUUGAAUUGUGCUACUAACACACAUAAUUCUCUUCUCUCUUUAUCUGCUGUCAUUUGCAGGAUAAGGUGAGUACUUGUCAAACCACUGUUUUGUUUUCACCUUUCUAGAUCUUUCUCUAGGGUGUUUGUGAUGCUACAGAUGUGUGGGAGCUUAUUGCUCUAGUUUGUACUGUACUCAGCUAUUACUUUGGACGCUACAGUUCCUCCAGUGCCAGCUUCUUUUACUGCUGUUUGGCAGGACUGCAUUGAUGUUAAAUAUCCUGCCCACUGGUGUUAAAUAUCGUGCCCUACCCAGGAUGGGGACCAUGAAGCAUCAUCCCUUCCUGCUGGAGACCAUCUGGACGGACAAGUGGAAGUUCGAUGAGGCAGAGCGGCUGUUCUGGGAGGUUUGGGGCAGGUUGUCGGCGCCCGAGAUCUGCCCGCCGACGGAGGAGAUGGGUGAUAGGAGGCGGGGGAAGGGCUGCCUGUGGGUGAAGCCGGUGCCCACGGAGGGACUCGAUGGGGCUGAACUGCGUGCACCAAAUGAGGCAAAGAUUGACCGUGGGAAGUCGCUCGCCACCAGCCGCCCCGCGGUGGCCUGUCACCACCUUGUCGGCGGGGUCUGGGUCAACAAGGACACCUUCGACACGGCGGAGCGGCUGUUUGUCGAGCGGUUGCAGGUGCCCAGCGUGCCGCGCUCCCUGCCGAUCCUUGGCUCGCGUGUGAUCCUGGCACCGCGGGCCACCCCGGAUGAGGGGUACAUCAGUGCCACACCGGGCACCCCACUCACUCCCGGCUCCCGGGUGAGCGGGAUCCCUCACGAGACCCCCUGGUGCCUACCGUUGCCGGGGGUGUGGCUGGAAAAGCCGCUGUACGACGACGCUGAGCGGCUCUACCAAGAGGCCCUGUGCCAGGAACGAGCAUCAGAGAGAGAUGGACGACCUCCAGGCCAGUGUUGCCCCAGGGCCCGGCACCCGUGCCCGCCUCACCCUGCAGAGUCCCAUCAGCACCUCAUUCACCAAGACAACGAGCCGGUUUGGUUCAGUAAACCCGCCUAUGACGCUGCUGAGCUGUGUUAUCACCUGUAUGGAAUCUGGGGAAUGCCCAGCAAGAGCUGGGAGGUGGCGCCUGCUGCUGCAGCUGAGAGGCCUCCCUCUGCACCUCGUUCUCCAUGGCUCCAGGAUAAGUAGGCUUCUGUUGUAUUUAAUACACUUUAAUUUGAAGCCCCCUUAAAUGUAUUGCUGUCUCUUCCCCCUCCUGGAAGCUUCCCCAAAGCAUUUAGCAUCCUUUAUUGGGCCCCUAGUAAAUUGACACAAUGUCUCGCUCUCCCCUUGAAGUGGGAGGAAGGAGAUGUCACCUGAGCGACAUCAAGUGCUUGCCUGUCACAUGGUAUUGCAGCCAGUGCCACCAUUAAAAGACAAAACAAUAAAAGAUUAGUUUUAUUUGCCACAUCUACUUUGAAAUGCAUUGGUUGAUUGUUGGGUGCCACGGUAGAGUGACAGUUACCAGCUCAGAAGAGUUUCAAUUCUGACGUCCUGUGUAAGCAACUUGAUGUAUUCCUUCCUGUGAGCACGUGGGGUUCCCCUAGGUGUCCGGUUUCCUCACGCAGUACAAAGACAUACCAGUUAGUAGGUUAAUUGGUUGUUGUAAAUGGUUUUGUGAUUUGGCUGGUGUUAAAUAGGUGGGUUGCUGGGUGGUGUGGCCCAGUGGGCUGGAAGGGCCUGUUCACUCUGCUUCUAUAAACAAAUACGAGUGCCGUGGACAACCCGUAUGUAAGUUGUAGCCACGCCGACAACUUACUAAUCCGAAGGAUGCAAGCGCAUACUCCCUAAGAAGUGCUGACCUUGGUAGUCAGGGUGGUUUGGCACUGUGGCCUUCAUCAGGGUGUUGAGUACAGGACGUUGGUGAGGCACAGAGUUCUGAUCACCCUGCUAUAGGAAAGAUGUCAGUAAACUGGAGAGAGUGGGAAGAGUGAAAGUCUUUUAAAGAUACAGCACUGUAACGGCCCCCAACGAACCCACACUGCAAAGAACAUACAAACCCUUACAGACAGCGGCGGGAAUUGAACUUUGAUCUUCCAAGUCGCUGGCAUUGUAAAGCAUUAGUCUUUGUUACCAUGCCUCCUCCAUCAGCCAAAGUGAUCUGAAUUCCUUUGUGUUUUACCUGGUGCUGUCUGAUGCACUGACCUUGCAAUCUUGGGUCAGUUGUAGAGGCCAGUGAUGAGUUCGGUCGUCAGGAAGUCUUGAAAGCUUUCCAGAAGGUGAGCCAGGGUCAUCCAGACAACUGAUGUGAUAUUCACCUCAGUUUUUUGAUUUGAUUUGGAAUGGCCGUGAGACCUCAGAGCAGAAUUCUAUCGAGUCUGCUCUGCCAUUCAGUUAUUUAUUAUCCCUCUCAACCCCAUUCUCCUGCCUUCUCCCUCUAACCUUUGAUGCACUUACUAAUCAAUAACCUAUCGACUUUUGUUUUAGAUAUACCCUAUGACUUAGCCUCCACAGCCACCUGUGGUAAUGAAUAUCUCAGAUUCACCACCCUUUGAAGAAAUUUUUCCUUGUCCCAGUUCUAAAGGAGUGUACUUGUAUUCUGAGGCUCUUCCCUAAGGUCACAGACUCCUCUGCUAUUCGGAACAUCACUCUACAUCCAGUCCAUCUAGGGUAGAGGUUCCCAAGUUUUGUUUUAUGCCAUUAAGCAAGGUGUCCAAUGGCCCCAGGAUGGGAGCUCCUGAUGUAGGCCUUUCAAUAUUUACUGGUUUCAAAGAUUGCUGCCUCAUUCUUCUGAUCUGAUUGUCAGUGAGUACAGCCAUUAAACACUUGUCAUGCAUAAAGCUUUUCCUUCCAAGGACCCUCUCCAAUGCCAGCACAUCCUUUCUUAGAUGUGGGUCUAAAGCCACUCACAGUACUCCAAUGUGUCAAUGAAUUGGGGGUGGGAGGGGAAGUACAGUGCUAGUGACACUAAUUGGAGUGUGAUCCACAGGCAGUUUUAAAGGGUCUGGGAACCUUGGGCCACUUGCAAUUAGCACUGGGUGGGGUUACAUCACUUUUGUGUGUUAAAUUUAUUUCCAUUCCUGUGGUCUGGGCUGGCACAAUAGCAUAAAGCUCAAUAGCUGUAGUGGUUCAAUUCCUGCCACUGUCUAUAAGUACGUUCUCCCUGUGACUGGGUUUCCUCCCACAUUCCAAAGACGUGGAAUUAGGGUUAGUAAGUUGUGGACUUGCUGUGUUGGUGCCGGAAAGCAUGUCAGAACUUGUGGACUGCCC